UUCUAUUCUGUUCUCGCUCCUCCAUGUGCAGACAGUGCAUACUUUACAUGGGGCUGUUCAGUAUGUGUGUGUGUGUGUGUGUGCAUGCGUAGUCAAGGACGUAUCCUCCCCUGAAGCAAAAGAAAGUCAUCAGAAAUAAAGACCAGGAGAAAAGAGAGAGAAGAGAAAGAGAGAGGAGAGGGACCAGUAAAGACUUGUGUGAGAGGUGCUGUCGUGGAGGAUCAACAGCCAGCCCGCCCCAUGGAGGGCAGUGGAGGGGCAGUGGAGGGCAGUGCAGAUGAUCAUGCAGGGAAGAAGAAGUCUCGUUUCAAGCUGCUGAAGAGCCGUCUGUUCAGCCAUCUGAAGAGGAAGGAGAACCAGGCGCUGAUGAAGCCCAGCCAGUCCGCCGGAGAUGUCGGCACUCGGGGCGGCGGCGAAGGAUUCUCAGACUCCGAGGAAGACUGCUUGGACCCCGCUGGAAGUCUCGGGUCCAGAGCCCUGUCACACGACAGCAUCUUCCUGGCUGACCAAGCCCCGGGCCCAUCGGAGCCUGCGAGGGUCCUGUCCCAGGAGAACGUCCACGGGAAGAUCCGAGCCCUGCAGCUCAAACUGCAGCAGCAGAACAUGCACCUGGGACCGCCCCCGCUGUUGAUACCCGGGAAGAGAACAGAAGAUUCCGGAGCCACCUCGGAGGACGACGGUUUGCCCCAGAGCCCCCAGGACAUGUCCUUCCAUGACAGGGCGGGGCCGCGCUCCCCCUCUAAGCUCACCGAGUCUUACAGACAUCACAGCUCUCUGAGUUUAGCAGGGACAGGAAGUGAGGAAGACGAGCAGUGGUCCUCACAGCCCUCCUCCCGGCCUCUCUCUCCGGCCCCGCCCAGCCUCGCCUGCCCUGCCCCCUCCUCCGAGCAGGAGGCCUCCCCUGGAGUGGACCUCACCAGUCCACUCCAGUACGCUCCCAGUCUGGACAACUCUGCUGCGCGCCACCGCAUGUCCGUCAAGCCCAGGAACCAGAGGGCCAGCGCCAAGGGAAGGACAGUGCCCCCGAGGGCCUGCAGGCCUCGCUCUGAGAGCCUGAGCGAUCUGGACCUGGCUCUGCCCGAGGGAGAGGAGGACAGAGAACCACAGGUAGAACAGAACGCAGCACCUGACAGAGAACCGGAGAGAGAACCAAAGAGAGAGGAGAGAGCAGAGGAGGGAGAGAGAGAGAAGGAGAGAGCAGAGGAGGGAGAGAGAGAGAAGGAGAGUGCCACCGGGAUCCCUCCUGAAGAGCAGGUCUCCAACCCUGCCUCGAAGAAAGACAGCGUCCUUGUCGAGCCUUCAGCUCCCCCUGCUGGUGAGGACGUGGUACUGCAGACAACGUCCUUAGAGCCAGAGAGGAAAGUGACUACCAACCCUCUCUUCCUCCAGACAAUGCCUCAGGAGACAGGUGUCCCCUCAGCUGAACCCAGUAGGGCCAAGAGCUCUGCACCCACCUGCCCCACUUCCACACCCAGCCUCAAGACUGUUGAAGAGCCCCAGAACCCCACCCAGCUGGUCCCAAGCCAGCCUGUCAUGUCCCACACGAUGCCUAGUCAGGGUAAGAGAGAAGUCAUUGCAUGUUUAGAGCAGGGGAGUAGGUCCUUAUCCCAGAAGAGAGAGUCCGCUUCUCUCAACUCUGUUUCCGGGGUCGAUAACACUUUAAACACACGAGAGCUGUCCUCAAGAGCGAAGGCAGGAGAGACCCCGGGAACUACUUCCAUCUCUUCAGAGACAGCGAGGCCUGCUUCUUGCGCUCGGGGGGCAGCAGGAUCUGCCUCUGCAAGGACAACAGGGGCUCCACUGGAGCGGGCUGGAGGAGCAACACCGCCAUCUGCUGGUCAAGACGAGGAACUGCCCACUGACGCUAUCAGGGAGAGAGAGGACGUCGAGGGACUUAGUUCCUCUCAGCGCUUCUCUGUCUCGUCAGCGAGACAUCGCUCCAGGAACGGCAGAGGCAGCCGUCCUGGAGCGAGGCAGGAGAAGGGGGAGAGAGAGGCAGGAGAUCAGGACCGGGAAGUGAAGUCUGUUGAGGACCAGGAAGUGAAGUCUGUUGAGGACCAGGAAGUGACGUCUGUUGAGGACCGGUCCAGGCAGGUGAGUGGGAGCAGCCGCCGCCCUAAAGAGAGGAGAGGAGGAGGAGGGCUGAAACAGCAUGAGGCCGUCCUGGGGGAGGGGGGGAGACAGAGGGAGGAGCAGAAACAGACAGAGAAGGAGGCAGCCAUGAUCACAGAGCAGAAGGAGGGUGUAGAGGAGGAGGACAAGCAGGAGGAGCGAGGCAGGAGGGGGGUCUUCGGAGUCAAGCUACGCCCCACUUCCCAGUCUGUGAAGCAUCACUCUGAGACCAUCCAAUCAGAGUACAGGAUUAAGCGUCACAGCAUUGAGGUCAUGGCCACGGAGGCCCAGCCAAUCAGAAAAGAGGAUGAGGCCGGUUCGAAGGUCGAGAGGAAAGCAGCCGGGCCUGAGCCCGCCUGGAUGUCCGUGGCCAGAGAGAGGAGCAGGACCCUCCAGCAGCACCUCACCAGCCUGGUGCCCUCAGACGUGCCCCAGGACACGCACACCCAUCCUGGGGCAGCGACCCUGCCACAGCAGCCUCCCAGACAACCAUCUCCAACACCGCAGGCGAAGCCUCAGACAUCUCAAUCUUCCGCCCUGCCCUCCUCAUCGCCGUUGAGCGUGCGGGUACGGAACAGACGGGCGCUGGGCGGCAGAGGGACAUCCUCUCCCUCUCAAACAACACCAGACCACAGUACACAUGGAACAGAUUCUGGGAAAGGUCAAGCUGGGAUUCUCAACACUAAGUCUGACGUGUCGUUCUCAUCAUCAUCAUCAUCCUCACCUGGGACAGCACUGUCGGCCUCACAGCAGACAGAGACACAGAGUGAUCAGCCAUCUUGGAUGGAAGUAGCGAGGAAGAAGGCGAUGGCAUGGAAUGUGAAGAUCAUGGAUUGAGAGGGGAAGGGGGGGGGUUAUAUUUUCAUUAAAUACUUCACAAGGCCUUCUGGUACUUUGGAAUUACUGUAACUAUAAUAUUAGUCUACUGUACUAGUAUAUAGUACUGAAGUAACUGAAUUUGUUUUUUCCUAAAACAAACGAUCAAAUUGCAAUGAAAUGUCUGAUGUGUCUAUCAGUCACAUACCAUUCAAACUAGGAAACUAAACAAAAAAAUCUUAAACGUCUCGUCAGUCACAUUUAUUUAAUUAUGUUUUUCUGAUACAGCAAGGCUCAGAUAUCUGGGAGUUUGUGCAUUCCAGAAGUGGUGAACUGGCCGUGCUAUAUCUGGUAACAGUGCUAUAUCUGGUAACAGUGCUAUAUCUGGUAACAGUGCUAUAUCUGGUAACAGACCACA